AAGCUGUGAGAAAAAGAACAGCAACAGCAGUGAUCAUCUCUUCCUAAAAACGGUGAAACAUAAAACCAUAAACCAACAUGGACCCUUCAGCCUCCGACAUGCCCAAGGAGGCACCAGGUGACGACGCCACGGGUGCGCGUCUCCGCUCACUGGAUGAUCUCGUAGCCAAACUGACUGCCGCAAACGAGGGUGUCUCUCAAGACCGCGAUAGAGAAGCCAAGAAAGCGAAACUGCUCGAAAGGGAGCUGUUGGCAUUACGCGCGUCGACAGAGGAAUUAAGGAAAGUGGCUGGAGAACAGAAGACAUCAUCAACAGAAGCAUCGGAUGUAGCACAGUUACGGCGGGAGCUCAAAGCGAAGACGGACGAAUGCGAAGGGUUAGCGAAGGACCUGCAAGAAGCGAAACAGGGAGUUAAUAUGAAUGGAUUAGUUAGCAAGGAUUUCUGAUUUUGUAUCAUGAUGACUUUAGUUCGUUUACAAGAAAGAUGUUGAUGUACUUACUCCUACUCUAGUACUCCUGUUGAACUCAAUACAUAGGUCUCAACAAAGGCAUAACUUGACUACAUUACUUAGAAGCUCGUCUAUCCCGUGUGUCUACCAUCUCUAAUCCUUCUCCUACUGCUUCCGCCCAGCAGUCCAAGAGCAUCGACGCGAUACUGUCCGCUGACGAUGGUUCUGGGCACGUCGAUAAACUUCGUCAGGUUAUCAAAGCCCAGCAAGAAGAUGUCCUCCGUUUGCGUGAGGAGAUCGUUUUUUUGCGUCUUCAGCCGGUCCGCGUAGAGACCGUUGUGCAGGAGAAGUUUGUGGAAGUACCUACGGUUGACGUGAAGACAGUAGAAGUGGAGAAUGUUGAUAAAAUCACAGUUCUGAUCAUGAAGUGCCGCGAUCUAGAACACGAGAUAUUGUUAUGGGUUGAAACAUUUCAUUUCUAGAAGUCAUUUUUCAGUGUUUCCACCUCAAGAAGGUGAGAAAAUGGAGGCAAGAAAUGAAUUGCUUCAACCUUUAAUAUUGGCGAAGGAUCGGGAGGUUGCUGACUGGAAAGCAAAAUGCGAAAGACUUGAGGCGGCGCCACCGCAAAUUGUGCCUACCGUAGUGGAGAGUGAGGAUUCAGGUACUUCCUUAAAUUAUAAAUCUGGUUGUUCCGAAAAUAAAUUGAAGAAGAGAGUGAUUGAAGUACACGUACUGUUGUACUGUGGUAGGAGGGCUUAUGAAAUAGGAGUAGUGGUAGUGUAUCGGCCCGUACUAAUCCCAAAUAAACCAAAUCGUCCAAAUCCAAAGCGCAACCCUCCCUCAGGAAAAAUCCGCGAACUGCUGUCCCAACUCAACUCCCUGCAAACGGAAACGGUCGAUUUGAAGCGGCGGUUGAUUGAGCAGAGCGAGAAGGUUGACCGAGUUGAAUAUGUAGACCGCGAAGUCUACAUAGAGAUACCUACGGUGAGACCGGGAGAGGGCGAGCACGAGCGCAAGGUAAAGGAAGAGCAAAUGCAACACCUUCUUUCCAUGAAAGAUGACGAGUUGGCGAGACUGCGCCAUGACGUGACAUUCCAUCGGGAGAGUGCUCGUACAAUAGAUUUGAGGGCUUUUCAUUUUUUCUUUUUCGUCUUCAACACCUUCAUUUCUUUUCUUCUUCGAACUCACUCUAAUCCAUCUAGUACUGUAACAUUUACACUUUAUUACGCUCAAAGCACUAAGUAAAACAACCAGUUAGUUUUCACCUCCACACUCUUAGGAUUAUCCCAUGCAACAACAUUUACAUUUUAUUAAAUCAGAACGUCUGGACCGGCAGUUACAAGAAAUGCAGGGCCUGAUCCAGAGCCGAGUCGUGCAGAGCAGCAUUAUGGCCUCAAGUGAUCUCAGAGUUUAAUGGCACCUUCGACUUCGUAAGAAACUUCUCACCUUCUAUCGCGUACGACUCAGUAGGCUAUUUGCUAUUCGGCGUAUCAACCUCUAACACUUCCGACGCCAAAGUGCAGGAUAUUCUUCGGCUCAGAGGGAGCGACCGGCUUCCACCAAUGAAACGCCUGAGCGAGACUCCAGAUGGCACAUGCAGGUAUUUGUUCGGUAGUUUGGUUUUCGACGCGCGCGCUUUUGGUUCAGACGUCGUGGUGUCUUGCGAAGGCGCUCAGUACACUCUGGUCGAUUUCCUCCAGAAUUUCGGAGAACAAGAAUUUGCCAAGCAUCAAGGACCACGAUCAUUAAGGAUCAUCCUAAUCGUCCAUCUUCUAAAGGCUGACGCAUUUCUUGGAGAGGUUCCUGGUCUUUCCAUAAGUGGGAAACAGUUCCAAGAUGAGUCCCAGGAAGAUGGAUUCGGGAAAGCUCUAAGAAGAUCGCCUUUCUUGCCUCCUCCUGUUCCUGAGAGACCUAGUAUGGGCAGACCUGGAGGUGCCGGAAAUGGUCUAGGAGGACCAGGAGGACCGACUCCACCUGGAUUUUCCUAUGGAGGAGGACCGGAUAUGAAUGGACGGCUUGGAGGAGGACCGGCUUAUAUUAUGGAUGUAGAUUGAAAUUCAAGUCGCUCAUCACUUGUAGUUCUGCUUUUGUCGCUGGUCACUGCAGUGGCUUGUAUAACAAAUGUCUUCAGCUUGACCGACGCCCACCACGAUUCAAUAUCAAGCCUAUUCUAACCAAAGCGGAGGAGUAGUGCCAAGUGCGGCGCCAAUUUACCCUUCAGUGAAAGGCGACGAUCAGAUCGGCAGCCUUGUGAGUUGGGUCCUGGGCGAGCCUGAGGGUGGGACUGGCGCUUCUUGAUAUCGUUCUACAUAAUCAUAUUCAUGGAAGGAAAACGUUAACCUAUCUGACUUGGUUUUUAUUACCAAUUGUAGAACGUUGGACUUUUUUUACGUAGUACUGUGUGACAUGGCAUACUCGAAUUCAAUAGUGUGAACAAAAGUUCAGUAGAAUAAAGAUGAUCAAAAUGGAGAGGUGCGUUUCUGAUGAAAUUUUUGCGAUACCUGAGUCGGUCGCAGGCUGCACCUGGAACGCCACUAACUAUGUUGCGCCUGACUGAUUUUCCCCGGAAGAAAGAAACAUAUCAGAGACUUGUACAGCAAAAGGCACACUAGAUUCAUUCGGGAUUUUCAAGACGAUUCGAUAAAGUCGUGUGAACUAUCCAUGACUAUAU